AUGUCUGCAGCUGCCGAGCUGGAGCACUUCAUUGGUUAUGGGGGGAAACAUCUUGGCACAGUGUGCUACCAUCCCUCACAGGUGGAGACGCUGAUUUACGCGGCAGCGUCCGCUAUCAUAGUCGAGAAUGUGAACGACCCCCACAAGCAAGAGUUCCUCAGGGGACACGAUGCAGAGGUUUCAGCCCUGGAUGUUUCCCUGAACGGCAAGCUGUUGGCGAGUGGCCAGCUUGGCUCGCCGAGCAGGAAGGGAGCAGUUGCGCCUGUGGUGGUUUGGGAUUUUGAUAAUCGAAGUCGAUAUAUAGACUUCCACGGGCUGGCACACUCCGUCCUGUGCGUAAAGUUUUCCCCUGAUGGACGAUUCCUUGCUGCGGCUGGUGCAAAUCAGAUGCUGUAUGUUUGGGAUGUGUCAACUGGAGAGGUUGUCUACAAUCGCAGGACAGAGAGUCCCUGCUUCCUUGGUGUUUGGGGUCCCAUACUGGAAACCGGGCGAUAUCCGUCUUAUCAGCUUUGCACCGCCUACGACAGUCAAGUUCUGUACCAUCUCAUGAGCUUCGACAUGCGGUCGAUGUCGUACUCGCUGGGCAGCGAUGCCAUGCAGUUUCCGCCAUCCGGCCUUCAGCGGAAGCACAUCUGCGGCCUUGUGGUUGCAGACUUCCUGAUAACAGGCACUUCUGCUGGAGACAUGUGCGUUUUCAGCAUGAAGACAAAGGUUUUCCGCACAGCCCUGCCCGUGUGCAACAACGGUGUAACAGGCAUUGCGCAGUAUGGAGACUUCCUCUUCGUCGCUGGUGGUGAUGGCAGGAUCAAGGCCGUUCGUGGCUUCGACACCCACUGGGAUGUCUUGGCAGAGAAUGUCCUUGAAACUGGAGUCAUGGCAUUGACGCCUUCUGCCGAUGGUGCAGAGCUGAUUGCUGGGACGAGGAAUGGCAAGAUGUGGAGACUGCUGUCUUCAGAUCUGACGGCCACUCUGCAAAGUGCUUCUCACACCGGUGAGGUAACAGACAUCGCAUUCGGCGCCAAGAGUGACGUCAUGUGCUCCACGUCGGAUGCCGGUGAGGUUUUCCUGCUGGAUCUUUCUGACUACAUGCCGAUCACUACUGCCCUGGCAAAGUCACCAGUUCGAAGUGCAGUCAUUGCCAGCAACGGUGAGAUUCUUGCCGGCUACGAUGAUGGUUUCCUGCGCGCUUGGUCAUCCGACAAGGGCAGCAGUAGACUGCUGUGGCAGGUGAACUGUCAUAGGCAAGGAGUCACGGUGGUGCGCGAAACAGUCAACUUCAUAGUCACUGGUGGCGGUGACAGCGCUGUGCGCUUCUGGCAGCGAAGCUCCAGAGAGCUCCUCUCGUCUUUCCAGAACCACCGCAAGCCAGUUGCUGAUCUUGUCCUAGACGAGGUGAGUCCGCACGUGGUUCACUCUGGAAGCGAGGAUAAACUGGUUGUGACUUAUGAUCUCAAGCAGAACAAGGCCCUCGUGCAGCACACGUCGUUGGGUGGAAACAUCACCAACCUUUCGCAGCGGAAGGACCACGACAAUGAGGUAGUGAGUUGUGCACAAGAUGGCAAGCUACUGUUCUGGGACGUGGACUAUCCUGAUCCAACAGGCUGCAUUGACAGCCCCACUGGCACGCCUCUUCGACUGCGAUGUUGCGAAGUGUCACCCAACGGGCGAUACAUCGCAGUGGGCUGCGAUGAUGCUAGGAUGUACAUCUACGACCUGGUGUCGUGCCAGUGCAUACAGGAGUGCGAGGGGCACUCAGGUGGGCUUUCACAGGUUCGCUGGAGUCCAGACCAGAAGCAGAUUAUCAGCGCUGGGAAGGACGGUUGCAUCAUUGUGUGGAAUUUCUUUGAGUUGUGA